CUCAGCCUGACUGUGGAGGGGCCCCGAGGAGGACAAACGCAUCGGACGCCGUGGCGGGAACGACAAGAUAAGCAAUGUGCACAGCCCUGAGCCCGAAAGCGCGUGGGCCUGGCCUCUCCGACAUGCAUCAGUACAGUCAGUGGCUUGCAAGUAGACACGAAGCCAACUUGCUGCCAAUGAAAGAGGAUUUGGCACUCUGGCUCACAAACCUACUGGGUAGAGAAAUAACAGCAGAAACCUUUAUGGAGAAAUUGGAUAAUGGUGCCUUGCUUUGCCGGUUAGCUGAGACCCUGCAGGAGAAAUUUAAAGAAAACAGCUUUGAUGCAAACAAGCCUGGCAAAACCUUACCAGUUCGGAAAAUUCCAUGCAAAGCCAAUGCUCCUUCAGGGUCUUUUUUUGCACGGGACAACACAGCAAAUUUCUUAUCCUGGUGCAGAGAUGUAGGUGUGGAUGAUACCUGCCUGUUUGAAUCAGAAGGUUUGGUACUCCACAAGCAACCAAGAGAAGUGUGCCUUUGUUUGCUGGAACUUGGAAGAAUUGCAGCAAAGUGUGGGGUGGAACCUCCUGGAUUAAUAAAAUUGGAAAAAGAGAUUGAACAAGAGGAAACACUUUCAGCUCCCCUUCCAUCUCCUUCACCAUCACCCACAAAGUCUCCUGGGAAAAAGAGCACAGGGAAACUGUUGGAUGAUGCUGUUAAACACAUUUCUGAAGAUCCACCUUGUAAAUGCCCUAAUAAGUUCUGUGUGGAGCGUCUUUCACAGGGAAGAUACAGAGUUGGAGAGAAGAUCCUUUUUAUUAGGAUGCUUCACAACAAACAUGUGAUGGUUCGUGUUGGAGGAGGCUGGGAGACUUUUGCAGGUUACUUACUGAAGCAUGACCCAUGCCGAAUGCUUCAGAUCUCCCGAGUAGAUGGGAAAACGUCUCCAAUCCAGAGCAAAUCUCCAAACAUCAGGGACAUGAAUCCAGACAAUUAUCUGGUUGUUUCUGCCCAUUACAAAACCAAGAAGGAAAUUAAGUGAAAUAAGCUUCUCAUGUGAGUGCGACUUCAUGUAUGUAGGUCCAAAUUAUUCUCCCAAGUGUAGUGAAUUUAGUUAAUGCUUUAAAAGGACUUUGGAAAAUUUAACACAGACUGGAAAUGACACCCCAUUUUGAAGACCUUUGGAUUUAGAACUAUUUAUUUCUAGUACUGUAUCUUUUAUAGCAAAUUACCCUUGAUAGGCAGAUACUACAAUCGGAUAAUAAAUAGACAUAUCUUUUUAGCCAAAUUAUUACUCUUUAUUAUGUGAAUGUAUACUUAGAGCUACAUAAAGGAGUGAAUCCUGUUAAUAGAAGAAAAUACACAAUGAAAUAUAUUUGUACCAAAAUCUCAUUACUUUGAAUCCCUGACUGUUAGUCUAGUUGAAAUAUAUAUAUGCAGGUGGAA